AUGUUCGCGGCGAAGCGACUAGGAAAGGAACUGGUCAAGUGGUCUCUCGAUCUACCAGACACCACGAGUGCUGACAUCCGUGCUAUCGUUACCCUCUUGCAGGCAAAACAAAAACUCCCUCCAGGGAUCGAGCUGGUCAAAGCGGACGACUUCCGAGAAUGGCUGGUUGACAUCCAAGUCCUGGACGCGAAUCCUUUGUACAUGAACCAGACUUUCCGUCUCAGUUUUCUUUUCUCAGAUUCCUAUCCUAUAGAAGCACCAGAGGUCGUCUUUCUCAAAGUACCACCCGCCGCAACCGACCCCGCGAACCCGCAACAACAGUCCCAGUCCCAGACACCCUUUGCCGGCCGCCCCAUCCCGAUCCAUCCUCACAUCUACUCCAACGGCAUCAUCUGCCUCGACCUGUUGGGCUCGGCGGGGUGGUCGCCCGUGCAGUCGGUGGAGUCGGUGUGCAUGAGCCUGCAGAGCAUGUUGACCGGGAACACCAAGAAUGAGAGACCCCAGGGCGACGAGCAGUUCUGUCAAAGCAUGGGCGUGCGCGGGCCAGACGGGUGGAGCGGGUACCGAGGCAAAGGCCGCGGACGAGGGCUGAGGGAUGUACGAUUCGCUUAUGACGACGACACAGUAUGA